GUCGUUUUACUUUGUUUUAAAGAUAAGAAAACGGUAGUUGGUGACCUGUGUUUCUUCAUUUUCAGCUGGUGCUGGUUCCUCCUCCCUGCCAAUCGCCAUGAGCACCGCCAGGCUCGCAGACCUCCCUUCGCUCGCGGCCACUCAGCCUCUUUUCUUUCCUGCACCUCACGGUCACAGACCUCCCUCCGUUUAUUUGGGCCCCAAACCAAACAAAGCCACCCCUUCCCUAAAGUUGCGAUGCUCGGUAGCCAAAGAGUCCACGAUAUCUCCAUUGGGUGUGAGUGGAGCGGGUGGGCAGUUGGGCGCCGUUGACUGCGUUGUGGUGGGCGGUGGAAUCAGUGGGCUCUGCAUCGCUCAGGCGCUGGCCACCAAGCACGGCGACGCCGUUCCGAAUGUCAUAGUGACGGAGGCCAGAGACCGCGUGGGAGGCAACAUAAUCACCGUCCAGAAGGACGGCUAUCUCUGGGAAGAGGGCCCCAAUAGUUUUCAGCCGUCGGAUCCCAUGCUCACCAUGCUGGUGGACAGUGGUUUGAAGGAUGAUCUGGUUCUUGGGGAUCCUAAUGCACCUCGGUUCGUGUUGUGGAACGGCAAGUUGAGGCCUGUACCCUCCAGCCCAGCUGACAUACCUUUCUUUGACUUGAUGAGCAUCGGCGGCAAACUCAGGGCUGCCUUUGGCGCUCUUGGCAUUCGCCCUUCCCCUCCUCCUCCAGGUCAUGAGGAAUCAGUCGAAGAGUUUGUGCGUCGUAAUCUCGGAGAUGAGGUUUUUGAACGUUUGAUUGAGCCUUUUUGUUCAGGUGUUUAUGCGGGCGAUCCUUCAAAGUUAAGUAUGAAAGCAGCAUUUGGCAAAGUUUGGAAUCUAGAGCAAAAUGGGGGCAGUAUCGUUGGUGGCGCUUUUAAAGCAAUCCAGGAGAGGAAGCGUGCUCAUAAGACACCUCGAGAUCCGCGCCUACCAAAGCCAAAGGGCCAAACAGUUGGAUCUUUUAGGAAGGGACUUUCUAUGUUGCCGGAUGCAAUUUCUUCAAGGUUGGGAAGCAAAGUAAAGUUAUCUUGGAAGCUUUCAAGUAUCAGUAAAUUGGAUAAAGGAGGGUACACUUUGACAUAUGAAACACCAGAAGGAUUGAUUUCACUACUGAGUAAAAGUGUUGUGAUGACUGUUCCAUCCCAUGUAGCAAGUAGCUUAUUGCGUCCUCUAUCUGGUGCUGCUGCAGAUGCACUAUCAAAAUUUUAUUACCCACCAGUUGCAGCAGUUUCUAUUUCAUAUCCAAAAGAAGCAAUUCGGACUGAAUGCUUGAUAGAUGGUGAACUGAAGGGUUUUGGUCAAUUGCAUCCUCGUAGCCAAGGGCUGAAAACAUUAGGAACUAUAUACAGCUCAUCACUCUUUCCUAAUCGUGCACCACCUGGAAGGGUACUGCUCUUGAACUAUAUUGGAGGUGCCACCAAUCCUGGGAUUUUGUCAAAGAAAGAGAGCGAGCUUGUUGAAGCAGUUGAUCAAGAUCUGAGAAACGUCCUCCUAAACCGUAAUGCUAAGGAUCCACUUGUAUUGGGUGUGAAAGUAUGGCCACAAGCCAUUCCACAGUUCUUGGUUGGUCAUUUUGAUGUCCUAGAUGCUGCAAAAGCUGGUUUAAGUGAUUCCCAAGGGUUGUUUCUGGGUGGCAACUACGUCACUGGUGUAGCCUUGGGUCGAUGUGUUGAGGGUGCUUAUGAUGUUGCAGCUGAGGUGGCUAAUUUUGUAUCACGAUAUGCUUACAAAUAGUACAGUUAAAGGUGAUCCUGCAUCCUGUAGAAAUGGUAUGUUGGGAAGUGGAACUUAAGAUGUUCAUUGGACGUGCUGGGUAGCCAGCUUUUCAAAUAGAGUUGCUUCUCCUUUUAGGUAUUUUGGUUUUGUCUUGUUAUUUGUACUUGUAAAUACCUGGAGCUCUAGCAUUAAUAAUAUCUUAACUGCCAAGUUUUGUAAUUACCUGGAGCUCUGGAUGUACUUGAUGGUUGCCAAAGGCCGUGUGAUUAAAUUCAGUGACACUUGAACGAGUUUCCAGCUUAUAUUCUUCGGAGGAAAGGGCUGAAAAAUUGGUCCUUGGUCUUACUGGUUGCCAAUGUUCUUAGUGUUUUGAUUUAUAAAUUAUUCGUAGUGUUAA